CGUCAAUGGGUUAUUGAGUUAAAAGUGGAGGACUAUGGGUAACAGUCGACAUUUUUAACGAUUCUCAGUGACCCAACUCUCCACAAUGCUGGAAUGCGAAAAAAUUUCCGAAACAUUCUCGACUUUGCCCCCAGAUAAACUCAAUUUCGAGUCCCUAGUCAUCGAGGAAAAUUCCGAAGAUUCUAAUUGUUGGCGGGAUGAGGUGCUCAAGGACUUGAGGAAACUUCAGAGAUUGCGGGUAGAGGAUUCAUCGAAAAUUUCAGCCGAUGAUCUCGCGAAGAUAAUUAAGGAGGGCUACAGCCUCCGCGAGUUAUGCCUAUCCUAUUCACAACUGACCGAGGACCUCCUGCGGGUGAUAGCGCGGGAAAAUGUGUCCCUACAGACGAUGCGAAUCGAGGCGCAUUCAGACACGAAGCCCCUCGCGAGGAUUAGCGACACAGCGUGGACCGCUCUACAAACCCAUUCACCCAAUUUGAAUCUCGUUAUGACUUGUUACCUCGAGGACGACGAGGACUACGAGGUAGUCCUCGCACCCCCGAUAACCCACUUGUACCUGGGGGGAUCUCCCUCGUCCCACGUCAUCCGCAGAGUCAGUGAGAACUGCCCUCGAUUAGUGGAACUGGUGAUUAAUUCCUGCAGCUCAGGAGUCAUCGACAAUGAGUUGCUGACCACGGCGAGGGACUGCCCCGAAUUAUCUGCGAUAGGACUCGCUGCUCAGCACUCGUGCAAUUCGCGAAAAUCUGUAAGCAACGGCUCCAGAUUCUGUACGUGUGGGAAACGUCUCUCAUCGAGGAUGAGAAUUUCGAUGUUGCCGAUGCUGUGUCCAGCGUGUCCUCGUCACUGGGGAGAUCGUGGACACCGGAGUAUGUGCCACCUUGGUGAAGAUGCAGUGGAAUGCAUUUUUCGAAUGGAAACAUUAUAUUCGUCGAAUUUGAAAUUUCCGAUUUUUUUCAGGAUAACUAAUUUUGGCAUCGGGGGUUCGAAUGCUAUUUUUAGUAUGUGUAUUUGUGUGGGUGUGAUCGAUUGUUUUUCAACGAUAAUUUUAAAAUAGUACAUUAGAGUACAAGGGCACAAAUUUCGUUUUCAACGAAUGUGUAGUUUACAGGCCGAGCCGAA